AACUCUUCCAAAAAUGAGAUUUCAGAGCUUUUUGUAGCUCUGAAAGAAUUCCAAGAGUUUCCAGCAAUUCCUGUGUCUGACCUGUCUCCUUCCAAGCUUGCUGUGUGAUUCUUGAAAUAAAUAUUUCUCAGGAAGGUGCUGAGAAUAUUGGAAUUUUAGAGAGAAAAAAAUGCAAAGUUUUGGGAUUAAAGAUGGCAGAGCUGCUGUAGGAAAGAUCAAGUGCUUGGUGUGGCAAACAAAUUCCAGAGAAAUCUUUCACAGACACAGAAAAUGUGCAAUUUCUCCUCAAGAUGGUCAGUCUUCUCUUCUAGGAAUGGAAAUAAAACCCUGGAGAAUCUUUCAGUUAAAGAGUAAUAAAAUAUUGGAGUGUAAAUCAAAGAGUAAUAAAAUAUUGGAGUGUAAAUCAAAGAGUAAUAAAAUAUUGGAGGAUAAACCAAAGAGUAAUAAAAUAUUGGAGGAUAAAUCAAAGAAUAAUCAAAUAUUGGAGUGUAAAUCAAAGAGUAAUAAAAUAUUGGAGUGUAAAUCAAAGAGUAAUAAAAUAUUGGAGGAUAAAUCAAAGAGUAAUAAAAUAUUGGAGUAUGAAUCAAAGAGUAAUAAAAUAUUGGAGUGUAAAUCAAAGAGUAAUAAAAUAUUGGAGUAUGAAUCAAAGAGUAAUAAAAUAUUGGAGUAUAAAUCAAAGAGUAAUAAAAUAUUGGAGUAUAAAUCAAAGAGUAAUAAAAUAUUGGAGUGUAAAUCAAAGAAAAAUCAAAUAUUGGAGUAUAAAUCUCUUUUGAGAAAUAGUUGGGAGCUUUUUUAUUGUCUGAGGCUCUAUUGAAGUCAUUAAUAAUAUUGAAGUGAUUAAUACUGAAGUGAUUAAUAAUCCUGAAGUGGUUAAUACUGAAGUGGUUAAUAUUGAACUGAUUAAUAAUAUCGAAGUGGUUAAUAUUGAAGUCAUUAAUAUUGAGGUGAUUAAUAAUAUUGAAGUGAAUGAUAUUGAAGUGAUUAAUAUUAAGGGGCUAAUAAUAUUGAGGUGAUUAAUAUUGAAGUGAUUAAUAAUAUUGAGGUGAUUAAUAUUGAAGUGGUUAAUUAUAUUGAAGUGGUUAAUAAUACUGAAGUCAUUAAUAAUACUGAAGUGAUUAAUACUGAAGUGAUUAGUAAUAUUGAAGUGAUUAAUACUGAAGUGAUUAGUAAUAUUGAAGUAGUUAAUAUUGAAGUAGCUAAUAUUGAAUAGUUAAUAUUGAAGUGGUUAAUAUUGAAGUGGUUAAUAUUAAAGUCAUUAAUAAUAUUGAAGUCCUUAAUAUUGAAGUCAUUAAUAAUAUUGAAGUGGUUAAUAUUGAAGUGAUUCAUAUUGAAGCAAUUAAUAAUAUUGAAGUCAUUAAUAUUGAAGUAAUUGAUAAUAUUGAAGUAAUUGAUCAUAUGGAAGUGAUUAAUAAUAUUGAGGUGGUUAAUAGGGAAGUGAUUAAUAAUAUUGAGGUGAUUAAUAAUAUUGAGGUGAUUAAUAUGGAAGUGAUUAAUGAUAUUGAGGUGGUUAAUGGGGAAGUGAUUAAUAAUAUUGAGGUGGUUGAUAGGGAAGUGAUUAAUGAUAUUGAGGUGAUUGAUAGGGAAGUGAUUAAUAAUAUUGAGGUGAUCAACAGGGAAGUGAUUAAUAAUAUUGAGGUGAUUAAUAAUAUUGAGGUGGUUAAUAUGGAAGUGAUUAAUAAUAUUGAGGUGAUUGAUAGGGAAGUGAUUAAUGACAUUGAGGUGAUUGAUAGGGAAGUGAUUAAUAAUAUUGAGGUGAUCAACAGGGAAGUGAUUAAUAAUAUUGAGGUGAUUCAUGCCAUUGAGGUGAUUAAUAUGGAAGUGAUUAAUAAUGAGGUGAUUGAUAGGGAAGUGAUUAAUAAUAUUGAGGUGGUUAAUAGGGAAGUGAUUAAUGAUAUUGAGGUGAUUGAUAGGGAAGUGAUUAAUAAUGAGGUGGUUAAUAUGGAAGUGAUUAAUAAUGAGGUGGUUAAUAGGGAAGUGAUUAAUGCUAUUGAGGUGGUUAAUAGGGAAGUGAUUAAUAAUGAGGUGAUUAAUAGGGAAGUGAUUAAUAAUGAGGUGGUUAAUAAGGAAGUGAUUAAUAAUGAGGUGAUUAAUAAGGAAGUGAUUAAUAAUGAGGUGAUUAAUAAGGAGGUGAUUAACAAUGAGGUGGUUAAUAGGGAGGUGAUUAAUAAUGAGAUGGUUAAUAAUGAGGUGGUUAAUAAGGAGGUGAUUAAUAAUGAGGUGGUUAAUAAGGAGGUGGUUAAUAGGGAAGUGAUUAACAAUGAGGUGAUUAACAAUGAGGUGAUUAACAAUGAGGUGGUUAAUAAUGAGGUGAUUAAUAGGGAAGUGAUUAAUAAGGAGGUGAUUAAUAAGGAAGUGAUUAAUAAUGAGGUGGUUAAUAAGGAAGUGAUUAACAAUGAGGUGAUUAACAAUGAGGUGGUUAAUAGGGAGGUGAUUAACACUGAGGUGAUUAAUAAGGAGGUGAUUGCCUUGCGCUCUCUGCAGCGCGGUUCGUGCCCGUGCCUGGUUCCCCGCUGUGCCCAGGUGGGCUCCGGGCUCUGCGGGCGCAGUCCCGGGUGCUGCCGUGCUGUGCUGUGCUGGCUGUGCUGGCCGUGCUGUGCUGUGCUGUGCUGUGCUGGCCGUGCUGUGCUGUGCUGUGCUGUGCUGUGCUGGCCGUGCUGUGCUGUGCUGUGCUGUGCUGGCUGUGCUGUGCUGUGCUGUGCUGUGCUGUGCUGUGCUGUGCUGGCUGUGCUGUGCUGUGCUGUGCUGGCCGUGCUGUGCUGUGCUGUGCUGUGCUGUGCUGUGCUGGCCGUGCUGUGCUGUGCUGGCUGUGCUGGCCGUGCUGUGCUGUGCUGUGCUGUGCUGGCUGUGCUGUGCUGUGCUGUGCUGGGCGUGCUCUGCCGGCGGCGUCCCCGCAGCGCUCCGGGCUGCAGCAGCGAUUCCAACCACGGGGAAUUCCUUGGCUGUCAUAAAUGUCACUGUUUCCAUGUUCUUGUCUGACCUUGGGGCUCU